UACCUACCUCAUAAUUUUAAUUGCCUGUUGGAGAUAAAAUUAUUUUAAAACUUGUAUUACUAACUGUGAUACAGUGCGGUGAUUACCAUAAAUUUUACUAGUCAGUGCUAAGGAGUCAAAAUGGUUUUUGAAAAAUUCAGAGGCACUGGGCCUCAGUUAAUAGCUGCAUUUACUGGCACGUUUUUUGCCCUCUCCGACGGAAUGCACUAUGGCUGGACCGCCCCCGCAAUCCCCAAGUUAACCCACCCCGAUAGCCCAGUACAAACCACAAAAAGACAAGCAGAACUUCUUGAAACCGUCCUCAUGUUUGGUGCAUUUUGUGGCUUACCCCUGACGAUAUUUUUCGUGAACAAAAUCGGACGAAAAUAUUCUCUACUGUUGGCUUCGUCGUUUUCGCUUACUGGUUGGGUGCUUAUAGCUCUGGCGAAUCAUAUUUACGUGGUUUUUAUAGCGAGGUUUUUUGCUGGACUGGCGGGCGACAUGGCAUUUGUAGCCGCCCCAAUGUAUAUAGCGGAGAUUGCCGAUCAGAAAAUACGAGGGUUUUUAUCUAGUCUUAUCUAUUUAAUGAUGCUGACAGGAAUAAUUAUGGUGUACUGUAUAACACCAUUUACACCAUUGUAUGUACCACCAAUAAUUGGAGGUGGUUUUGUUUUAUUAGAACUAAUAAUAUUUCCCUUUAUGCCAGAAUCACCAUAUUACUUGCUCACAAAAGAUAAACGCGAAGAAGCUAGAGCAGCAUUACUAAGACUAAGAAAUACUGAUAACAUUGAUAAAGAGUUUGAAGAGAUAGAGUCAGCUCUAGCACGACAAAAAACUGAAACUGGUAGACCACAAGAUCUCUUAUUGGUAUCCAGUAAUAGAAAAGCUUUACUGAUUAUGAGUGUUUUAAAUGCCGCUCAACAUUUCAGCAGUAUUAGCGUAAUGCUUAUGAAUUUGCAUUUAAUAUUAGCAUCAGCAGGUUCAAUAUACAUUAAAGACUCUACAGCUGCUAUUUUAUUCUCUCUUGUAAUGUUAACGUCAGCUCUAUGUUCCUCACUACUCAUGGAUAAAUUCGGAAGGAAAGCAUUACUUAUAAACUCCAGCAUCCUAACAGGGUUAUGUUUGCUGAUCAUAGCCACUUACUUCCAAUUCAAACACACAGGAGCAAAUAUGGACUCAAUAAGUUGGAUCCCAGUAGCUACAGUAAUGCUAUAUGCAGCCUGUUUUAAGUCAGGUUUAGGUUUAGUACCGAUUGUUCUUACUGCAGAAUUAUUCCCAACAAAACUAAAAGCAAUUGGAAUGACUUUGGCGGAUGCUAGUUAUGUUGUAUGGGCUAUGAUAUCUCUCUCAGUGUAUCAAUUAUUACACGAUAGGUUUGGAAUGCAUGUUCCAUUCUUCGUUUAUGCUACCUCGUGCUUCUGCACUGCCAUUUUUACGUACUUUGUGAUACCAGAAACAAAGGGGAAAACAUUAGAUGAGAUUCAGUACAUUCUUAAAGGUGAAGUGCCUCCGUCCAAGGAAGAUUUGGAAGGGGCUAAUCAAGAGUUUAUUAAGAAAUAAGUAAUGUACAGGGUACCUCUAAGACUUGAUGUUAAUUAAAUGUAGAAUAAUUAUUCCAAUUUUAAAUCUUGUAGGUACUUUUAAAACAAUGCAUAUCUGUGAUGAAACAUGGUAUUGUACUUUUGUAAUACAAAAGUAAUGUAUUUUAGAGUAAAUGUGUAGUUUUAAGGAUCAAUGACAAAUGUGUAUCUUGUCUUGUAAUUUAUUAAAUAUUUUUUUACACAAA